GGUUCCAAUUUCACGGUCAGUGACUCUGAAGCGGAAAGUGGGCUUAAAAGCUACUGCGCAGCGUUCAGCCAAGCAGACGAAGAACAGUUCUGUUCCUCUGUUCAGCAACACGCGAACUAUCAGCAUUUACUUUGCCAACAUGAAGCUCAACCUGGCGCUAGCUGCUUUGAUUGGAAUGGUUGCCAUGGUUCAUGGUCAACAAAUCAACCAGGAGUGCUUCAACCGACCCAACGAGAAGAACCCGAUGGAAUGUUGCAGAGCCCCGAACAUAAUGCCUCCGCGGGAAGAGCUUCUCACCUGUAUGCAGAAGUUCCCGAAGCCAAGUGGUCCACCAACUCCGGGUAGUCCGCCACCAGGCCACAAUUGUAUGGCAGAGUGCAUGCUAGAACAGCAGGGAAUCAUGACCAAUGGGGCGAUCAGCAAGGAUGCGGCUACUAGUAAAUUGGUAGCCCUGGUGGGCUCAUCAGCCGAUUGGCAAACAGUUGCCAAAAAGUCCAUCGAUACGUGCUACCAACAGGUGUCUUCCUCGGGAGGACAGAAGGACAGUCUCGGAUGCAGUGUUAUGGCCGGUAGCUUCAUGGAAUGUCUGCCCUCGAUGAUGUUCACGAACUGUCCAUCUUCGUCUUGGACCGCCAGUGCUGAAUGUGAACAGCUGAAGGCACAUCUGCAGAAGGGAUGCCCAUUGAUGACACUGUUCAAGGGACACCCACCACAUUAGGAUGAGCUGCUACAAAACUGGGAACUACUGGUGAAUUGAUGGUUGAAAUGAACUAAAUUUUGAGACAUAAAAAAUGCAUUUUUUGUUGUU